AUGAAGUUCUCUAUGCCUUCGUGGGGCGUCGUUUUUUACGCCCUCCUGGUAUGCCUUCUGCCUUUCCUUUCCAAGGCCGGCGUUCAGGCUGAUGACGUGGACUCUUAUGGCACCGUCAUUGGUAUCGAUCUGGGUACCACCUACUCCUGUGUUGGUGUCAUGAAGGGUGGCCGAGUCGAGAUUCUGGCCAACGACCAGGGUUCUCGAAUCACCCCCUCCUACGUGGCCUUCACCGAGGACGAGCGACUCGUUGGAGACGCUGCCAAGAACCAGGCUGCCAACAACCCUUUCAACACCAUUUUCGACAUUAAGCGACUCAUUGGUCUUAAGUACAAGGACGAGUCCGUCCAGCGAGACAUCAAGCACUUCCCCUACAAGGUCAAGAACAAGGACGGCAAGCCCGUUGUUGUUGUCGAGACCAAGGGCGAGAAGAAGACCUACACCCCCGAGGAGAUCUCCGCCAUGAUUCUUACCAAGAUGAAGGACAUUGCCCAGGACUACCUUGGCAAGAAGGUCACCCACGCUGUCGUCACCGUCCCUGCCUACUUCAACGAUGCCCAGCGACAGGCCACCAAGGAUGCCGGUAUCAUUGCUGGUCUCAACGUUCUGCGAAUUGUUAACGAGCCCACCGCUGCCGCCAUUGCCUACGGCCUGGACCACACCGAUGACGAGAAGCAGAUUGUUGUCUACGAUCUUGGUGGAGGAACCUUCGAUGUUUCUCUUCUGUCUAUCGAGUCUGGUGUCUUUGAGGUUCUUGCCACUGCUGGUGACACCCAUCUUGGUGGUGAGGAUUUCGACUACCGAGUCAUCAAGCACUUUGUCAAGCAGUACAACAAGAAGCACGACGUCGACAUUACCAAGAACGCUAAGACCAUUGGUAAGCUCAAACGAGAGGUUGAGAAGGCCAAGCGAACUCUGUCUUCCCAGAUGUCCACUCGAAUCGAGAUUGAGUCCUUCUUCGAUGGAGAGGACUUCUCGGAGACCCUGACCCGAGCCAAGUUCGAGGAGCUCAACAUUGAUCUGUUCAAGCGAACCCUCAAGCCCGUUGAGCAGGUUCUCAAGGACUCUGGCGUCAAGAAGGAGGAUGUCCACGACAUUGUUCUUGUUGGUGGUUCCACCCGAAUCCCCAAGGUCCAGGAGCUGCUGGAGAAGUUCUUUGACGGCAAGAAGGCCUCCAAGGGUAUCAACCCCGAUGAGGCUGUUGCUUACGGAGCUGCUGUCCAGGCUGGUGUUCUUUCCGGCGAGGACGGUGUUGAGGACAUUGUCCUGCUCGAUGUUAACCCCCUGACUCUUGGUAUUGAGACCACUGGUGGUGUCAUGACCAAGCUCAUCAACCGAAACACCAACAUCCCCACCAAGAAGUCCCAGAUUUUCUCCACCGCUGUUGACAACCAGUCUACCGUGCUGAUUCAGGUCUUUGAGGGAGAGCGAACCAUGUCCAAGGACAACAACCUGCUUGGUAAGUUCGAGCUCAAGGGUAUUCCCCCUGCUCCCCGAGGUGUCCCCCAGAUUGAGGUCACCUUCGAGCUUGACGCUAACGGAAUUCUGCGAGUCACCGCCCACGAUAAGGGCACCGGCAAGUCCGAGACCAUUACCAUCACCAACGACAAGGGCCGUCUCUCCAAGGACGAGAUUGAGCGAAUGGUUGAGGAGGCUGAGCGAUUUGCCGAGGAGGAUGCUCUCAUCCGAGAGACCAUUGAGGCUAAGAACUCUCUCGAGAACUACGCCCACUCUCUCCGAAACCAGGUUGCUGACAAGUCUGGUCUCGGUGGCAAGAUUUCUGCCGACGACAAGGAGGCUCUCAACGACGCUGUCACCGAGACUCUCGAGUGGCUGGAGGCCAACUCCGUGUCUGCCACCAAGGAGGACUUUGAGGAGAAGAAGGAGGCUCUGUCUGCCAUUGCCUACCCCAUCACCUCCAAGAUCUACGAGGGUGGAGAAGGUGGAGACGAGUCCAACGACGGUGGAUUCUACGCUGAUGAUGAUGAGGCUCCUUUCCACGAUGAGCUUUAA